CUCUAAAGUCUCCUCUAGCCAACAUCACAUUUCUCUCUCUGUAAAAUGGAGUCUCGAGUUCUCUCCGGCGCCACCACCAUCUCCGCCGGCAUCCCCAGGCUCCGCCAGCCAGCACGCCUGAGCUCCGCUUGCUUUCCGAUCGGAUCCGGAUCCGGUGCCGUCGACGGCUCCGGCGGGAACCUCAUAUGGGGGAGGCAGCUCCGGCCAGCCAUACUCCUCGAGAGCUCAUCAUCAUCGGCGGCUGCGGCUUUGAAUUUUCCGGCGACGAAGAGGGAGGUUGUGAAGCCGAGCCGAGCCGCAGCUUCGUCGCCGGCUGCGGGCAGCGAUUCAGGCGGGGAUGCCAAGAUCGCACCGGUCGGGUUGCUCGAGAAGUACCCGGCUAUAACCACCGGGUUCUUCUUCUUCAUGUGGUAUUUUUUGAAUGUGAUAUUCAACAUUCUCAACAAGAAGAUCUACAAUUACUUCCCAUAUCCCUAUUUUGUGUCGGUUAUACAUUUGGGAGUUGGGGUGGUGUACUGUUUGGUGAGCUGGACCGUGGGCCUUCCUAAGCGCGCUCCUAUGGACUCAAACCUCUUUAAGCUACUCCUCCCUGUCGCUGUGUGUCAUGCUUUAGGCCAUGUGACCAGCAAUGUCUCAUUUGCAGCAGUUGCUGUCUCAUUUACUCACACAAUCAAAGCCCUGGAGCCUUUCUUCAAUGCUGCGGCUUCUCAAUUCAUACUUGGACAGCAGAUACCGUUGACUCUAUGGCUAUCACUGGCUCCAGUUGUUCUUGGUGUUUCGAUGGCUUCACUUACUGAACUGUCGUUCAACUGGUUGGGCUUCAUCAGUGCUAUGAUUUCCAACAUUUCCUUCACUUACAGGAGUAUAUACUCGAAGAAGGCCAUGACUGAUAUGGACAGCACUAAUUUGUAUGCUUACAUUUCAAUUAUUGCCCUCGUUGUCUGUAUUCCACCUGCCAUCAUUUUGGAAGGACCUAAACUUAUGAAGCAUGGGUUUAGCGAUGCAAUUGCUAAAGUAGGGCUAACAAAGUUCAUUUCGGAUCUCUUUUGGGUUGGAAUGUUUUACCAUCUCUACAAUCAGUUGGCGACCAACACCCUUGAAAGGGUUGCACCUCUUACACAUGCAGUUGGCAAUGUGUUGAAGCGUGUGUUUGUGAUUGGCUUCUCAAUUAUAGUCUUCGGUAACAAGAUAUCGACACAAACUGGCAUUGGAACAUGCAUUGCAAUUGCUGGAGUGGCAAUCUACUCAUUCAUUAAGGCCAAGCUGGAGGAAGAGAAAAGAGUGAGUCCUUCUGAAAUAUUCUCUAAUAUGCUUCAAUUUGAUAAAACAUUCAUAAUAUCACUUCACCAUUGACAUUUGUUAGUUAUGACUUUACUUCUUUAUAUGUUAUGCUACUGCUAAUACCACACACGAUGAUUGGAUACAUAUGAGAAAGAGGCUAGGGUUUGGAGUGGGAACCUCAAGUACACAAACAUCAAUUCCCUAUUUGCCCAUCAAGAUAAAUGGAAUUUUUAUAAGUGGGCCUCUAAAUUGGUUUCUACACGGAAGGCCAACAUACGUACUCCUACUUCCUAGAAACUUGUCAAUAUCCUAUACAUAUUUGUAUAUGAUCACAACUAAUGAGUCUAACUGACACCAUUUACACCUUAUUUGACAGUAUGUAACAAAAAAAUUUCUACCAAAAUUAACACAUAUGUGCUUUGAAGGAGCCAAAACAAUCUUUCAUCUGAAGUUCUGUGCCAUUCGAUUUUGGCAUUUGGAUGACUAGGGUAAUUUGAGCAAUUUAUUUUA